UGCUGAUUGGCGGCUUUACUGAGCGAGACGGCACCCCCAGCGCAUCCUUGGCAGCGUAUCAGCUCAGACAUUAGCCGGCGAAGUGAUAUGGUAAGUGCGAUGAGCGUUGCGCGCUCAGCGGUGCAAGUUACCAGCUCCGCUCUGGAUACAGGAGCCAGCGGCCCGGCCGGCAGCAAAGCGGCCAGCUCUGGAGCCCAGAGCUCGUCAAGCAGCUCCCAGAAGGAAGCCGCCGCCAAUGAAGCGCCCGCGCGGCGCUCGACCUUGUACCGCUGCGCGCGCGGCAUCGGCGCGGCGGCGGUCUUCAUCGGCUGCCUAGCCGGCGCCGCCAUACAGAGAGCAAAAAGUGUGAAGGUUGAGGACGUCCACACGCAAAUGGCCGACAUGGCCAAAGCGCGCGAGGCCGGCGAGGCCCUGGCGGCGGCCGGCGAUGCAAGAGGCGCCCGCGAGCUCCUCGGCGAGGCCGUCGGCCGCUGGACGUCGCACGAGAGAACGGUAAGGCACGCCAUCUUCGCUAGGACGCAGAUCGGCCAUAGUGGAGACGACGAGAACGCUCCGGAACGGUUAGCUGCUGCCUUCGAGGACGCGCAGCACGUGGCGAGUCAUCUGCGCGCGGCCUACGGCUCCCUACUACUCGAAGAUGGGAGACCGCGGGAAGCCGUGACCCACCUGACGGCGGUCUGCCCGUCGAUCUGGUUCUUUGCGCGGCGCAUCGCACCCGGCGAGGAGCACCUGCGCGGCGAGGUGUCGUGGCUGCGCUGCUACGCCGACCUCAUGGACGCCAGAAAAGCCCUCGGCGAGCACGAGGAGGUCGGCGUCUUAGAAAGGGAUGUGGUAACCCACUCCACCGCGUGGUUAAGAAGGAAACGCGACCGGAGGCCCAUCGCGCGCGCCGAGGCCUUUAUUGAAGGAGCGGCGUCGGCGGAAGACGCCAAAAAAGGCGCUCGCUUGUUGGCGAGACGGCGCCACGACCUCGAGGCCCGCUGGCCCCGCGACGCGCCCCGCUUGCGGCGCGGCUGGGGUAGUGGAGCGGGGCCGCCGCCGAAAAAUCAGUUGAGAAGAGAGCGCAACCGCAAGCGCGUCGCGACGCUGAGAUAUCUGUCAAAAUUAUCAGUGAUGGACGCGGCGGAACGCGCGCAGACGGCCCGCGACUACGCGCGCGCGUUAGGGAAAGCCAGAGCCGCCCGGAGAGACAUCGACGGCGUGGUCCGAGCUUACGUCGACGCGCCGGACGCGCUACAAAGGACGCGGCUCCUAGCUUUGCUGAGAGAGACGGCGGCCGCGGCGACGGCCAAGGCUUUGCCGGCCGACGAAGUCUCGAACGUCGAAUCUACCGCUGAGAACAAGGACGCGGCGGCGGAGUGGUCCGCCGGCGUCGCUUUAGCUGCGAUGUUACGAGCCGCCUCGCCCGAGAACCGCCCGGCACUCGAGACCGACAAGCCGGCCGCUCCGAAAGACGCCGUCGACGCGUCGGCGGCCUACCUAGCUCUGGCCGACGCGUUCUUUGGCGAGAAGGGCGCGGCUGCGGCGGCGGCCGCCGCCGCGGCGACGGCGGCGGCCGAGGCGACGCCCAAGGUCGAGACGGAGCCCGUCACCGACGAGCCCGUCUCCACAGAAACGGACGAGGCCGAGGAGCCCGUGACGCGCGCCUUUGGAAGGUUGGUGGCCGCCGAGGGUGCCCAGUACGUUGGGGUCGUUUCUGAGGUCCACGCGAAGGGCUGGGCCUGGAUCCAGCACGAGGUCGCGCGCCUCGAGGAGGACCAGAGACGGUGCGGGCUGGCCAUCGCUCCUGUGGCGGGACCGCCGCCCGGGUUCUUAUCUCGCUUCGACGUCAUCCACGUCGUGGCGCAACAUCGGGCCGCUGUGGUGCAAAGAGACCAGCGCACGGGCCGGCGCCCGGGCUUGGUGCCUCCCAGAAAACGCGCGACGGGCCAGAAGACUCGUAGACAGCGUCUACGGGAGAGGAACGCGAAGAUCUACGGCGGUCUGUUUAUUUUCGUCGUCGCGUUAGUUCGAGGAUUGUCCCUGCUGAAGGACACGCGGCGCAAGACGGCCGACGGCUAUAGUAAGCGCAAACCGAAGCUCACGUGGCGGGCCUACGGCGAGUCGUUGCUGCGAGACACGCUCGAAGCUUUGAGAUUGUGCCUCGCUGAUUUAUUACAAAAGCUGAGAAGGUCGAUAAAGAAGGCCGACGCCUCGAUCGGCGCGGGCGCCGUCGUGCUGCGCGCCGUCGACACCAUUACGAGCAUCGCGCAGCCCCAGGACGAGUCCGACGAGAGCGACGGCGAGGAGUCGGCCGCGGCGUCGUCGGGCGACGAGCUCGCCAAAGCUGUGAACAAGAAGCCCCAGAAGCAAAAGUCGGGCUCGAAGCUGCGGCGGCGCGCGCCGCAACAAAAGCCCAAGGCUUCUACGAAGGAGGAGGUCGUCGUCGAGAAAACUGAGAAGAAGGCGCCCGAACCGUCCUUCGCCGACUCCGACGACGACUGGGCCGCGUCGACCGAGUGGCUGCCCGUCCCGAAAGGUGGGCGCGUCGUCGGCGAGGGGCCGCGCAUCCCGGAAGUGUCGCCGCGGCACCACGUCGUGACGCCGCCUUUGGCGCCCCCGUCGCGCGGCGGCUCGCCACCCCAAGGCCGCAAGGAGGGUUUGGUCGUCCAGUCUUUGUUAGAUCAACGCCUCUCCCAGCAGCCCAAGGAGGAGCCGGCCAAGUGCCCCUCCGUGACCUCUACCAGUUCUUCGGGCUCGAGCGAGAAGAAGCCCGAGCCGCGGAAGAAGAAGGUCGUCUCGCCGCGGACGUCGCCGCGCGACUCGCCGCGGCGCCGCUCGCAGCAGGCGCGCCAGCACCGCAAGGCGCCGCCGCUGCCGCGGCUCGACUCCGGCGGGUCAUUAGCUAGAGCCGUCGCGGCCGGCGCUUUAGGCGACGCCUCGGACACGCCGCCGCCCACCGGCUACGGCAUCUGGGACGACGCCGCGGCGGCGGCGGCCGCCGCGGCAUCACAAGCGGCGCGGCAACCGCCCGCGCGGCAGAUCUCCCAGGACGGCCUCGACGAGGCCCUGCGGACCCAGGUCGAGUACUACUUUAGCGUCGCGAACUUGUGCAAGGACGUGUAUCUGCGAGGAUGCAUGGACGGGCAGGGCUUCGUGCCCUUAGAUCACGUCUGCACGUUCAAGCGGCUGCGCGACCUCUGCGACGACCCGUUAGUAGUGAGACGCGCCGUCGAGUCGAGCGACCGGCUCAACCUCGUCAGAUUCACGGACGAGUCGAGCGGCGCGAACGUCUGGAAGGUCCGGACGGUCGACCAGCCGGAACGCUGGGUCCUCGCGGCGUCGCAGCCCUAGCGGCGCCCUUUCCCCCUUCUCUCCCUUUCCCGCGCGGCCCUGCCAUGGGGCCGCGCGCAAAAUUGAGUCCGUCACGUCAGAAAAAAACUAAGGCGGAGUUGUAUGAUAUCUACUAGGGUCCCACGCCAUCGACGCGCCCCUUAGUUGAAACCGCC